AUGGACUCAUCGAACAAACGUAUUCCGCUGCUCAAAGACCUGACCAUCGACAACAUUACAGAUAAUGUGAAUCUGGUCAACUCGAAGAACCCGUCGCCGCGAUUCAAAUUCCUUCUCGAACGGCUUGUUGUCCACCUCCAUGACUUCGCCCGCGAAACACGUUUAUCCCAGAAUGAGUGGUUGGAGGCAAUUUUGUUCCUCACUGCCACAGGCCAGAUCUGCUCAGACGUCCGACAAGAGUUCAUCUUGCUGAGCGAUAUCUUGGGGCUGAGCCUGCUAGUCGACAGUAUCGACCAUCCAAAACCUGCAGGGUCAACUGAGGGCACGGUUCUGGGGCCGUUCCACACUCACGACGCUGAACAACUUGAAAACGGUGCUAUAAUGUCGCAUGAUCAGAAUGGGGAGCCCCUGUUUGUCUUAUGUACAGUCAAAGAUACUCAAGGCAACCCGGUCUCGGAUGUCAAGAUUGACAUCUGGGAGACUGAUUCGAGUGGCAUGUACGACGUCCAACAUUUGGAGAGAGAGAAGCCAGACGGGAGAUGUAUCCUGACGAGCGACGAGGAGGGCAAGUUCUGGUUCAAAGGAAUUGUCCCGGUUCCUUACCCUAUUCCACAUGAUGGACCAGUCGGUAUGCUGCUAUCCAAGUUGAACAGGCACCCGAUGAGGCCAAGCCACAUGCAUUUUAUGUUUGAAAAGGAAGGUUGGGAUAAGUUGAUAACAGCCCUGUAUCUGAGGGGCGAUCCGUACGAGACAUCAGAUGCAGUGUUUGGGGUCAAGGAGCCAUUGAUUGUGGAUCUGGGCCGAGUAGAUAAGGACCUGGCAAGAAAAUACCCGGGAAUUCAUGAAGGGACAAGAUUGAUGACCUAUGAUUUCGUGCUUGUGACGGACAAGGAGACGGUGCAGUUGAGGGAUCGGAAUAGUGUUGAGGCGCUGAAGAAGCUGAAUAUGUCAGUGAAGAUUGUAGACGGUUUGCCGGUCCCGCAAAUUGACUGA